AUGGCCGUGAGUGAGUUGCCAGCACAAAGAAAAGAGAAGAGAAGAGAAGAGAAGAGAAUGGGGAAACUGAAAUUGGUGUUGUUGGUAUUCUGCGUGAUUAUGAUGAUGAUGACAAUGUGUACAAGUGCGAGUGAAAGACGGGGAAGAAUGACGGUGAACAGCUUCGAGAAAGGAGGGGAUGGAGGUGGACCCUCGGCUUGUGAUGGGCACUUCCAUUCCAACAAAGAUCACUGGGUGGCUCUUCCUCCUGCCACCUUUGAUCAUAACUCCAACUGUUUCCGCAAACUGAAAAUCAGUGCGCGAGGGAAGUCUACGGUGGCCACCGUCAUCGAUGAAUGUGCGAAGCCGUGCAAGGAUGAUAUCGUGGACGCCUCUGAGAGUGUUUGGAAAGCCCUCGGCGUGCACCGCGGUGAUAAUGACUUCGGCCUCAUGCCCAUCACCUGGCAUUUCAUCUCCUAG